AUCGCAUCAAAGCAAUUGGAGCAACACAUCUAUCGCCAGCACCUCAGGUUCUUUGUUAGCCUUCAGCUAGAUGUAAAACUUUUCUCAAAUGCGAUUGACCCUCCGUCGAUCCUGUGAUGCCUGUGCAAAGGCAAAGCAUCGGUGCGACCUGCAAACUCCAUGCUCACGAUGUAUAAAGCGCAAUAUUCAUUGCGUUUUCCAAAAUGAACCUCUCACCGCCAUAUCUAUUGUCCCUAUGAGCAAAAGUUCUCUGAUCCAAACAGGAAGAGUGUCAAAGGCCAUUGAUGAUCAAGCAAUGUUUCCUCGUGUGAAUACUGAGAACCGUCUCAUGGUUGGUGCGCCAUUCCCCAGUGCCUUUGGGGCUGGAUUCCUGGAUCCCUUCGACUCCUAUCCUCAAACUAGUCUUCCAAGAAUCCGUGUCCAAGGCCUAAUACAUCAUUGUGAGACCAAAUACUCGUCCAUUUAUUUAUACAUCGCAUGUGACUAAUCCACAAUAGUCCUAUCCAAAAUCGCAUUUCAAUAUUAUCCUCUAGAUCUGAAUCCAGCAUCAAAUCCAUUCAUCGCUUCCUGGUGGCCUUUGGCUCUCACAGAUCCUGCCUUAUUCAAUGUUUCUUUACAAACGGCAUCUCUAGAUGACGAACUGAGGGAACAAAGGGGGUUUCCUCAUUCGGAGACUCUCAUGGCUGAUUCUGUGGUACUUGUUCGGAAGAAAAUCCAAGAUCCUUCACUUGCAUUUCAGGAUGCUACUAUGGAUGCUGUCGUGACUAUGGCGGCAAUCGAGGUACACUAGCUUCGGGUUUCCUGUUUUCAUACGUUCUGUGGCUGACAGCUUUCUCAAAGUUUGGGAAAGGAAAAUUUGAAGUUAGCAAAAUGCACAUUUCUGGUGUUAUUCGGAUGGUCGAGCUUCGAGGCGGGUUGCAAGAAGUGAAAAAAUCAAGCCCUCUGACAGCAAGAAUGGUUCCAUGGUAUGACAUGAUCUGUAUCGCAUAGUUUAGCUAUCAAUACUAAUAUAUUCCGUAGGGUCGCAAUGCUGGUUUAUGGCACACCUCAAUUCCCUACUCAAAAUGAUCUCGGGUUUGGUGAUGGUGUCAGCACAACGCAAAUUUGGAAGGAGGCUUUCUCGACCGACACAGACACCAACGGUCUCGUUCUGCGAUCCCUAGAUCUCGAACCCUCAAUUCAGGACAUUUUUUCACGUCUACGCAAUGUCUUCAGCCACUUCUCCAAAAUCAAUCCGCACAAGUUUUCCGAAAUGUCGUCGACCGAUUUGCAUGAUCUCACUUGCUUCAUUUUGCAUCGGUUGUUACCGAUGAUAGAAACCCCCAAUACCCCUUCUCCAUCACUCACGAUCUCCAACUGCCUGCGUUGUGCGAUAUCAAUCUACUUUCUUAUUAUCCAUGGACCAACGUACUAUUCGCACACGUCCCUUUUAACCUUUCUUGUUCUCCGACUCCAGAAACACCUUGAGCUUCUACCUGAAUUAGUAAAUGCUGACGAUUCCUUGAAACUCUGGCUUGUUUCCCUCGGCAUGACGGCAUCCAAAGGAAUAACCGACGAUUAUUGGUUUGCAGAACGAGCCUCAAUUCUCGCCACAUCAUCAAAUAUAAAAUCUUGGGAAGACGUGGUUGUCCGAUUAAGAGAUGUACUUUGGUUGGACACACAGCGAUGCAGACCAAUUUUCCAAACAUGGGAAGAGGUCCUCAACAAUGUACUAUAG